UAAAUAGACAACUGAACUUACUUCACUUACACCAUCAACUCAAACACAACUUCAGUAUGAAUAUUGAAUCAUCAUCUUUCUACCCCAUUUUGUGCAUAUGCAUGAUUUUACUCUGCCUUCCAAACAAUUCUGCGUCGGAAAGAUGCAACAACAAUGACAAGCAAGUUCUACUUGGAAUCAAGGAAGCCUUCAAAAACCCUCAUCUUCUGGCCUCAUGGGUUCCAAGCGAAGACUGUUGUGAUUGGUACCUCGUUAAAUGUGGCGAAACCAACAACCGCAUAGUUUCCCUCACUAUUCAAGACGACGACAAUCUUACUGGCCAAAUCCCACCUCAGGUGGGAGGCCUGCCAUAUCUUGAAACCUUAUGGUUCUAUAAACUCCCCAAUCUUUACGGAGCAAUCCCAGAACAAAUUUCUGCACUCACUAGCCUAAAAUCCGUCCGGCUCAGCUGGACUAAUCUCAGUGGCCCUGUUCCCAUAUUCUUCGCACAGCUCACAAACCUAACUUACUUAGACUUGUCCUCCAACAAACUUAACGGGGUCAUCCCAUCUCAGCUUUCUACCCUUAAAAACCUUUCCGCCCUUCACUUAGACCGGAACCAUCUCACAGGUGAAAUUCCUGCUGCCUAUGGGAACAUUUCUGGAUCCCCAGACAUAUAUCUUUCUCAUAACCAUCUGACGGGCUUUGUUCCACAAACAUUUGCUAGUUCGGAUCCAAUUAGGAUUGACCUGUCUUGGAACUCACUAGAAGGUGACAUAUCGUUCUUUUUUGGGACUAAGAAGCGCCUAGAAACUGCAGAUUUUUCACGAAACACGUUUAGUUUUAAUUUUUCCAAGGUGCAGCAGUUUCCACCCUCAUUAAUAUACUUGGAUUUGAACCACAACCAGAUCAGCGGAAAUCUGUCUACUGCAUUGGCCAAACUGCAGUUGCAGACAUUUAACGUUAGUAAUAACAAGCUCUGUGGCAUGAUUCCAGCAGAAGGGAACCUAGAAAGAUUUGGCAAUACGGCCUAUCUCAACAACACUUGCUUGUGUGGUGCUCCAUUGCCUAAAUGCUAGUUAAUUACCAUGCAAAAUGUGCCCUAAGCUUAUCUUUGUGAUGAGAUUAUGUUAUGUACUAAUAAAAGGAACAAAAUAAUACAUUGUAGCCAUCUAACAGUGGAAUGCAGGAGGCGUAUGAUGACGCAAUAAGUUACCUUUUUUUGUAAGAUAUUUGUACCUUUUAGACUUAUGUCGUUCCUUGUUUGUAAUAAACUUAUCUUCGGUGAUAGUAUAUCUGUAUUUUCAAA